AUGCAAGGGCAGGCAGGCCACACGCAGCACCAGCCAAACCAGAAGGGGCCCCAAAAUAACCAGCAAAUAAAUGACAAGGUUCAUUUUAGGAACGAAAACAACCAGUUACACGUUAAGACCAAUAGGAUGGAGACAUGGCUCGGUGAAAAAGAUACUGAGAUACAACGCUGGAAAUCACUGCCGGGCCCACGAGAAUCACAGGCACAGCGCAAAACACCAGAGGGUAGUUGUCACCCUCUGCCCCAAGCCUUCAAAACUGCUCCCGGAAUCUAUAAAAUGCCCACAUGGGUCGCGGAAAAAACAGCCAAUGAUAUAUGGGUGUCAGGUGAAAACCCCAGCAUCACACCAGUAGCGCUACCCCAUGUAGGGGCGCGGCCGGUUUCAAGAACUUAUGAAUAA